AAAAUCAACAAACUCGUUCCUGCACGACCUUUUCCUACUGUCCCCACCUCUGUCUCUGCCACAGGGCCACGGUCAGCACAUCACGAAGGGAAAAACUACAUCGCGGUGACGCGGAAGACGCCUUUAGGCGCGUAUCUACGACGUUGCAAGGAUGUCGUUCUGAAGGACGGGUACAAGACAUUACAUCUGAGUGCUCUGGGCGCCGCAAUUCCGCAUCUCAUGACUCUCGUUGUGUCACUCCCUUCGGUUUUCCCCUUUGCGGCUGAUGAGUACAAUGUCGAGGUACAAACUGGGACCGUCGAUGUGCAAGACGAACUUAUUCCGGAUGACGAGGAGGAGGAUAUCUCAUAUAGAACAAGAGGCAAAUCGAGUGUGAGUGUGAUGAUGAAGAUCGGUGACGGG